GCUGUUGGUGGGCUGGGCAUGGGACAAGCCAGGUGCCCCUGGAAAAAUUGGAAGGGUUUGGAGACACUUGCUGAGCUUUAUCCACAGCCCCUCCUCUGGAAGAGACGUCCUUCUGGGCCAAAGCCUGGCUACCCCGCCUCACUCUCCGCCAUGAAUGGGCCCACCCUGCAGCCCCCUGCGGCCUGCUGUGCGUCGUCCUCGGCCCCCGCGUCGCCGUCCUCGUCGCCGUCGCCGCGGGGCUGGAGCGAGUUCUGCGAGCUGCACGCGGCCGCCGCCGCCCGGGAGCUGGCCCGCCAGUACUGGCUGUUCGCGCGCCAGCACCCGCAGCACGCGCCGCUGCGCGCCGAGCUCGUGUCGCUGCAGUUCACCGACCUCUUCCAGCGCUACUUCUGCCGCGAGGUGCGCGAGGGCCACGGGCACGGCCAGCCGGGCCGCGACUACCGUGACACGGGCCGGGGACCGUCGACCAAGGCCACUGCCUGCUGCGGCCCGGGCCCCGCCGCAGGCCUGCCCAAGUCCCGCAGCUCCGAGGAGCUGGCCCCGCCGCGGCCCCACUGCGCCUUCCAGCACCUGCGCCGCAGCCUGCGCCACAUCUUCCGCCGCCGCUCGGCUGGGGAGCUGCCCGCCACCUCCAGCGCCACCGAAGCCAGCGACUCUCCCGCCAGGCCCGGCCUGGCCCGGAAGCUGCUGCCCUGGAGCCUGGCUCGAGAGCCACCGCCGAUCGAGGCCCUCAAGGAGGCCACUCUGCGGUACAGCCUGGCCGACGAGGCAUCCAUGGACAGUGGCGCGCGCUGGCAGCGGGGGAGACUGACACUGCGCCGGUCUCCUGGCCGGGACUGCACGCUGGAGCUCUUCGACCCGCCCAAGAGUUCAAAGCCCAAGCUCCAAGCAGCCUGCUCCAGCAUCCAGGAAGUCAGGCAGUGCACACGCCUGGAGAUGCCAGACAACCUCUACACCUUUGUGCUUAAGGUGAAGGACCGGACAGACAUCAUCUUUGAGGUGGGCGACGAGCAGCAGUUGAAUUCAUGGCUGGCUGAACUUGGGGCAAGCACAGGCCAAUGGCUGGAGAACGUGGACGCAGAGCUGCCCCUUCCCCCUACUCCUGACCCGAGCCUGGCUAGCUCGCCAAGGGGAAGCACAGACUCCCUUGACCAAGGUGCUUCUCCUGGGGCAUUGUUGGACCCAGCCUGCCAGAAAACGGAUCAUUUCCUGUCUUGCUAUCCCUGGUUCCAUGGCCCCAUCUCCAGAGUGAAGGCUGCACAGCUGGUUCAAGUGCAGGGCCCCGACGCUCAUGGUGUAUUCCUGGUGCGGCAGAGUGAGUCCCGGCGAGGGGAGUAUGUGCUCACGUUCAACUUCCAGGGCAGAGCCAAGCACCUGCGCCUAGCACUGACAGAGCGUGGUCAGUGCCGCGUGCAGCACUUGCACUUUCCUUCUGUGGUGGACAUGCUCCGCCACUUCCAGCGCUCACCCAUCCCUCUGGAGUGUGGUGCCGCCUGCGACGUCCGCCUCUCCAGCUACGUGGUGGUGGUUUCUCAGACUCCAGGUUCCUGCAGCACUGUCCUCUUCCCUUUCUCCCUCCCUCACUGGGACUCGGAGCUGGGCCUGCCUCACCUCAGGUCUGCUGGCUGUCCCCAGGGACUUGGCCCAGAGGCCCUCCCAGGCCGAGUGUCACCCCCAGAGCAGAUCUUCCACCUGGUGCCUUCACCUGAAGAGCUGGCUGACAGCCUGAGGCAUUUGGAGCUGCAGUCUGUGAGCGGCACCCGGGACUCAGACUAUGAGAUGGACACAUCUUCCCGGAGCCACCUGCGGGCCAUUGACAACCAGUAUACCCCUCUGUGACAGGCUGUGUGGGGUGCAUGUCUCGGCAGACAGGCAAACUUGUGAAUGUAACCAUCUUCCUUCCCUGCAGAGAGCUGUGGGACACUAUCAGCCCUCUCCAGAAAGGAUGUCCCCCUUCUUUUGUCAGGCCUCUCAGAAGGCCUCUGUCAGCCUCUUCCAGCCCCUGGCUUUCUCCCACUGUUUACAGAUGUGGUUCUUGCGCAUAGACUCUGCCUGCUGGUGCCUAUGGCCCAGAUCCCACCUCUCAGAGGAGGUGGGGCAGGCAGGACAGGGCUGGCAAUGGAAACUGUUCUUUUACUUACACUGUCACCACUGAUGACAGACUUUCUACCAGGUAGGGUCAUCAGGGAGCACAAAACACUAACAAGCCCUGGAUUCUUUCAUGGUUUCUCCACUGUAGCUUCAGUUUCGUGGCGUAACCAUGUGCUAUGCGACAGGUGACUGCUCCUAAUCCUGCUUCGAUCAGCUUUAGGACAAAGCUCUGCCAGAGGGACAGGCUAACGGUCAAAAAUGAUUUUAAACAUUUACCUCAUAUUAAUUUCUUUUAGAAGAUUCAGGUUUCCACAUGAAACCAUGGCUUACUUCACUGCACUGUCCCACUAGUACCUGUGCCGUUCUGCAGUCAGGGACAGCCAAGCACAUGCACUUGACUUGCUCCUGGUUGGGGCAUGUUGGCGUCCUUGUCUGCUUAUUCCUCAGGACAGUAUUGCCUGCUGCUGGGUAGCCAGUGUCCUCCCUAAUGUACAGAAUGGUCACCCUUUCAGGGACAUUCAGGCAAUUGCUGAAAGAGGGUGGCAAGGAACAAUUCUACCCUGGUGCCUUAUGAAUAUUUAAAAAACUGGAUUCUGGUUUACAGCAGCUUUAUGGCAAAUGAAACAAUUGGAUGGGGAGGGACAAGCACAAAGGGAAGGAAGGGCUCCUGAGCUUUUGACUCUUUCAUCCACAGGCCCCUAAGCACCUAUUAGCCCUAAUAAUAGCCUAUUAAAAAUACCCAAAAACGUGUUGUAGGAACAUGGAAGGUAGGAAUCUGGCACUGUAGCCCUAACAGCCCACAAUUAGCGUUCUGGAGCUAGAUCAGCGUGUGUCCCUGGGCAUGGUCUCCCCAUCUAGGGAGGUCCUGAAGUCAAACCUUCACUAUACUUGCUUUUCACAAGUGACAUUGUUACAGGGGAAGUAGAAGCAGGGACCAGUGGAGUUGGCUGCUACUGGGAGUCUAACACAGCACAGCAGUUCCAGAUGUCAUUCAGGUAAGGGUAACACCUGGCCUGAUUAACAGCACGUCCUGCCUUACCUGGACCAAGGGUUUGUGCUGUUCCUUCUAGCUACUUAUGUGUACUCUACAACUCUAUAGAAGCAGCAGCUACCCGUGUUCAUGAAUCAAAACCCGAUCCAAUAUGGAUACAUGUUUGUGGUCUUUAAGGAUUUUUCUACAAACAGGUUUCUUUAGAAUAAAUGCUAAGAAAGAUGAACCAAAGAUAUAAGCAAUAUUCUGCUCAGAGAAAAGUACUUCUGUAGUCACUGGUCUAGGUUUUACCCAUCUCCACAGGAAAGAGGUGACAGCUCCCCUCUAACCCCAGUCAGAAGCUCCAACAGCUUCAAACGAGGCACUCAUUUCUCCACAGCCUGUUAGUAUGCAUUUCUCAAGUAGUCCUGAGAGUCAGGCACUGCCAACAUAGCAACCACCUGGCUGCAUGCUUUUGUGAGACCGUAAGUUGAAGUUACUCUUCCUAGACAGCUUCUGACAAUAACACUAGCAAUGCCUUUUCUUUCUGCUAGAGCACAUCAGGUUGGUCGCAAGGGGCUAGAUUCCCUUACAAAUUAUCAGCAGCAGGCCCCAUUCCACGUCUUUACUGACCACCACUGGCACUGAGGCCAUACUGGGAGGGGAGGAAGUGUCAGGGUCCCUGCAGUGAGCCCUAUUUAAGAGACCACCAGGACAACUUGACAGUGCCCCAGCACCAUAACUUCCUUCACCUGACCACGGAACUUCUACAAACUAACAAGCAGUCACCAGCACCAAAGAAUCCAGUUGACUAACCUGCCUUGACUUUAGACCAGCAACCCAUAUGGCUUUAUGUGGUAUAGAUAAAUCUUCUGCCUUCGAUCAUUUCUGGACCACAGAGCAAAAAGGAACAGUCGUUAAAAUUUUGGGCCAGACAACACUAUUUUUACAUGAGUUGGCCUACAAGGCAUGCUCUCUUCCUUGAGAUUCUUUCAUGUUUUCUCUCCUGUUGCAAAUGUCAUGUUAGCGCUGAUGUGAUAAACUGUUAUCCACUGCCUCACAAGGACACACCUGACAUCCAGUGUUUGGCUGGAAUGAGCAACUUAUUGUGAUUCACACCAAGGGUUUCAUCUAUCAUCAUAGGCAGAAGGUAUUUGGCAAAUUUUUAUGUAUUGUUUACGUACUGUACGAGUAACUUAUUCUUGAAUAAUGCAAAUUUUGCUAUAAUGUACAAAUUGCUAUUAUGUGGAUUAAAAAAAAAGUUUUCAGAA